CAGUAUCUUACUUUUGGUAAGUACCUUGGUGCAUCAAACCACUUGUUUGACAUGCUGGGAAAUUGCAAUUCUUCAGGUCGCGGUCGAUGAGUGCUGGUUCGCAUCAAGCGCCGACGCUCUCAUCACGCCUGUCACCUAAAUCAUCAUUUCUGUGAAGACAUUACCAUAGCUUCAUCUCUCGUUGAACGGCGUCAUAUGUUUCUUUCUUCCACCUCCAACCACCAAUAUGGCUAGCUUUGUGGCGCCCGCUGAAAAUCUUACCAACGGCGAUAAUCCAUCAAUUGCCCUGAAAAACCUCCACCUCGACGACGAGGAAUCGGAAUGGGAGUAUGAGUACUCAACCACUGAGACCGAGACUUACUACGUGACCUUGGAUCUUUCCAAGGCGGAUUUUGUAUCCCGGGAGCAGAACACCAUCUCCAAUGGCCGUGGUGGCUACAAGGAGAAGCAGCAAGGAGAAAUAUUUGCUAGCAGCUUGGAUAACGACCAGGUUCUAAGAAAUAGAGAAGGUUCUGAGGACGACGGAAGAAGAGCUCACGAAGAUGGAUCACCUAGGGGUGGGGACGAUGAUUCAGACAACGGGGCGACGAACGAGCUGCAAAUCCUCGACCUUCACACCGCAGACCCUCUCAUCUCAUACAGGGGACGCAUGUACACUGGCGAGUGGUCACGAAACAUUGGGACCGAGCUUCUGUUGACACAGCGCGAUGAGGAAAACCCUCUUCCGGCUCUGCGGCUGUUUGACAAAGGAGUCGAUUUACUCGCCGCCAGCUCGGCACGGAUCGUGGUGACCGAGAAGGACCUGAAACCUCUCAACGAGGAGACCAAGCGUCGACGGCGCAGGGUGAUGUUCGAUGAGGACGACUACGAGGUCAGCGACGAUGAGGUGUAUAGGGACCCCGUCGUGCCCCGACCGGAAGAAGGAGUCCCACAGAGCAGAGUCGACCAAGGAAACUUCCUCGCCAGCUUAAUCGCUCUCAAAAGCCGGAAGGCAGAGGCAGAUCGGGUCACCGUCGUGGCCCAUUCCGCUGAGCAUAUUGGAAGACGACCGUCAAGAGCCCAGCGUAGGGGAGAGAAUGCACAACCCAUCGAACCCCGCGGGCCCCGUAAACCUCGUGGGCCUCGUAAGUCUCGUGAAGCUCGUGAAUCUCGUGGAACUCGGGCCAGAGGUAGAGGUAGAGGUAGAGCUACGCGCGGGGAAGCCCGUGGCCGCUCGAAAACUCCUAGCAGUGCAAUUAGACAGCCAGAUUUACAGCACGAUACAACUUCGUCCGAAGCUGUUGCAAACAAGGAAGAAACAGUUUCGAAGCCGACUCCAAGUCACUGGCCGCAUCUCCUUCCCAAAAGCGCGAUACAUAGAGACACUGGCGACGACAAUAAGACGAAUGACCAGCAUGCAUCGCAAAAUGAGAGCACUGCGGAUGAAAUGGAUGUCGAUGGCUAAAGCGACGGGCAUCUUCCUUGGUCGUGGUUGCUAAGAAUGGCAUCAUUUGGCCCAUGUCAAAUCAGCGAAAUUUCUCGAAGAUGCUCUUUUGGGGCAACUGUACAAAUACGUCAGACGCCUGGCUAAGUACGACUUUUGGUGAACAUUCCCCAAUGCGAUCGAUAUUACAAUACUUCAAAUAGAUGAACGUCAAGCUAAUUACAGCCAUCAGUGAACUUGGCCAGGUCUUCAACUAGAUUGGUUGAAACCUA